CGAGGAGCGGACGAGGCGCCAGGGCAGCUUCUCCCACAAUUUAAGAAUGUAGCUGGAUUCCCGCAGCUCCCGCCUGACUCCAGGGAAGCCCCGCCGCUCCGCAGAGGUCCUGGUCAUCAUGCUGAUUCACACUUGGUUCUUUUUUGCCUGCCUGCCUGUGCUGAGCCAUGUCUGGGGACGAGUGGGUCAAGGGUCAGGCCGGCUGAAGCUCACUGUCCUCUCAGAAGACAGGCUCCAGAUGAAGUGGAAAGAGACUGAAGGGAAUAUCAGUGGCUACAAAGUUCGGGUAAAGCCCAUGGCAGGGGACUCAGAGCAAGAAGUCAUGCUGAAAACCAAGACUCCCAAAGCCACAGUGGGAGGGCUGAGCCCUACCAAGGAAUACACACUGCAGGUCUACGUGCUCAACGGCUCCCAGGAAGCCCUGUUUGCCAAGAGGAAAUUUGUGAUAGAGGAACUCAAAAAUGCAUCCCAGACCAGAAGUAACAGAAGAAACGCAGGAGCUGCAUCAGGAAAGAAUCUCACCUCUUUGGGCAGCUCAGCUGAGCACAGUAGGGUGGCAGAGGCCACUCCACCACCCCUGAACACUGUCUUGACACAGACAGCAAAGGACAGAGCUGAAAAGAAAAGGCAGAAGGGGAUUCAGCCAAAGGGCUCAGGAGAAACCACAAGACACCAGCCCAGUGUGGAGGCCGGAGUGACAGAGACAACAUCAGUAACCCCAAAAUCAUCCCCGCGCGCUCCUGCGAACUCGGAGCGAGAGCCUCUGGGAAAGGAAAAACCCACAAAGGAUUCAUCAAGGCGAGGUUCCCAGUUCCAGUGUGACACACCUGCAAUGACUGAUAUUGUCCUGCUUGUGGAUGGAUCCUGGAGCAUCGGGCGCAACAAUUUCAAGCUCAUUAAGGAGUUUCUGAGCAAUUUGAUUUCCCCAUUCAGUAUUGCCCAAGACAAGAUAAGAGUAGGGCUGUCCCAGUACAGCAGCGACCCCCGCACAGAGUGGGAUCUGAGCGCCUACUCCACCAGGGAACAGCUGCUGGAGGCCGUCAGGAAUUUGCGGUACAAGGGCGGCAACACCUUCACAGGUCUGGCACUGACCCACGUCCUGGAGCAGAACCUGAAACCAGAUGCUGGUGCAAGGCUGGAGGCUGAGAAGCUGGUAAUACUGCUGACUGAUGGAAAAUCCCAGGAUGACGCCAACCUGGCUGCUCAGACCUUGAAGAACCUGGGUAUAGAGAUAUUUGCCAUUGGGGUGAAGAACGCGGACGAGGCAGAGCUGAAGCAAGUGGCCUCAGAGCCACUGGAGCUCACCGUGUACAACGUGCUGGACUUCCCACUGCUGAGCUCGCUGGUUGGCAAACUCACCCAGGUCCUGUGCACCAGGAUCAAAGAGAAGAGCAGCAAGGAAACUGCAGGCAGCACUGUGAAAGAUUUCCCUGUGAACACAGGUCCCCAGCUGAGCCCAACUGACCUGAAAAUAUCAGCUGUGACCUCCAAGAGCAUGAACUUGACCUGGAGUCCUCCUCUGAGACCACCAAAGAAAUACCGGGUUGUGUAUUAUCCAUCCAAGGGUGGUACCCCCAGAGAGGUGGUUUUGGAUGGAGCAGUCUCCUCUUUGCGGCUUUCCAACCUGACCUCUCACACCGAGUACCUGGUGUCGGUGCUCCCUGUUUACGACACAGUUGUUGGGGACGGGCUGAGAGGCGUCACCUCCACACUGCCUUUGUCUCCCCCCCGCUCCCUGCGCGUCUCUGAGCUGAACCACAACAGUAUCAGGCUGGGCUGGAAAGCAGCCCAGGGAGCCACACACUACCUGGUGCUCUGCUCUGCAGCCCCUGAUGGAGCAGAGGACUAUACAGCAGAGGUGAAGGUGAACCAGCCCGAGGUGCUGCUGGAUGGGCUGUCCCCCAGCACUGAGUACUCGGUGGCGGUGUACGCGAUGUACGGGGAAGAUGCGAGCGAUCCCGCCAGCAUCCAGGAAACCACCUUGGCCUUGAGUCCCCCCAGGUUCCUGAGCUUCUCCGAGCUCAGCCACGCGUCCGUUCGAGUCAGCUGGGAGGCCGCGUCUGCCGCCGUGAGAGCUCACCACGUCACCUAUGCUUCUAGCAGAGGGGGCAACACUGGAGAGGUGGAAGUUCCUGGCACUGCAACAUCCACUGUCCUGAGACCUCUAUCCUCCCUCACCCAGUACUUCAUCAGUGUCAGAUCUGCAUAUGACGAAGGGGACUCCUUUCCAAUUACUGGCAAUGUUACCACCUUAAAGGUCCCCCCGCCGCGCGCUCUGAAGGUCACUGAGCUCUCUGGGAACAGCCUCCGACUGCAGUGGGAAGCUGUCGCUGCCUCUGAUGUGGUUGUCUAUCAGAUCAAGUGGAGCACAGCCAGUGGAGAGAAGCCUCAGGAGCUCUCCAUUGCUGGAAAUGUGGCAACAGCUGUCCUGCCGGGCUUGCAGAAGAACACUGACUACAAAAUAUCCAUCUGGGCCUAUUACAAAGAUGGUGCUCGAAGCGACACGGUUUCUGUUCAUCACAGGACCAAUUCCCGGAGCCCACCCACCAACCUCUUCAUCGACUCCGAGACCCCCACCAGCCUUCAGAUCCACUGGACCCCCCCUGAUGGCCGUGUCCAACACUACAAAAUCACCUACAGCCCUGUUUCUGAUGCUGGUGCCCAGCAGACGAUCAUGGCUCCUGGCAAAAGCAGCAGUGUGACCCUGCAGUCGCUGCUGCCUGACAGAGCCUACAAAGUGACCAUUUCUGCCAUCCACUACACGGGAGAGAGUGAGAGCACAUCCACAACGGGACGGACAGCUCCAGUGCUGUCUAAGUUCCCUUCAAUACGAGGAUUCAUUCCACCUAAACCAGAGGCCUGCCCCACCAUCACCUCUGCUGAGGGCUCCACACGAGGAUUUGACAUGAUGGAAGUUUUUGGCUUAGUAGAGAAGGAAUACUCCUCCAUCAAAGGCGUGGCCAUGGAGCCCUUCGUGUUCAGCGGUUCCCGUACCUUCACCCUGUUCAGAGACAUUCAGCUCACCCAGAGGACCAGUGACAUCCACCUCUUUGCCAUCCCACCCGAGCACACCAUCAGCAUCCUCCUGCGCCUCCUGCCCGACACCCCCAAGGAGCCCUUUGCCGUGUGGCAGAUAACGGACGAGGACUUCCAGCCUCUCCUGGGGGUCAACCUUGACCCCAGUAAGAAAUCCUUGACCUAUUUCAAUCAUGACUACAAGGCUGAUUUACAGGAAGUCUCCUUUGACCAGCAGGAAGUGAAGAAGAUAUUCUAUGGGAGCUUUCAUAAGGUGCACGUAGCCGUGAGCCACUUCAAGAUCAGACUCUAUCUGGACUGUAAGAAAAUAGCAGAGAAACCCAUCAACACCCUCGGCAGCAUCUCCACCGCCGGCUUCACCAUGCUGGGAAAAGUGACCAGGACCAGAGGACCCAGGAGCGGGUCUGUACCGUUCCAACUGCAGUCUUUGAAGAUCUUGUGCAGCAGCACAGGAGCAGAGGAAGACAGAUGCUGUGAUCUCCCUGCACUGAGGGAUGAGGAGACCUGCCCUACCUUGGCUCCUGCCUGCUCUUGUACUUCUGGCCGUCCAGGCUUGCCAGGACCUCCAGGGCCUCCUGGCAGCCCUGGGAGGAGAGGACCUCAGGGGGAGCAGGGGGAGCCAGGACCCAAGGGUGAACCAGGCCCACCUGGACAAGUAGGACCAGCAGGUCCCAGUGGCCAGCAAGGCUCUCCAGGUUCCCAAGGAAUCACAGUUCAGGGUCCUGUGGGACCACCAGGAAUUAAAGGAGAGAAAGGAGACACUGGAAGUCCUGGCAUGCAGGGCAUUCCUGGUGUGCAGGGAGCUCCAGGCAGGGAUGGACUUCAAGGUGCAAAGGGGGUGAGGGGACUAGAAGGCACAGCUGGGCCUCCAGGACCUCCUGGACCAAGGGGUUUCCAAGGAGCAAUGGGCACCCGAGGCAGCAGUGGUGAGAAGGGACCUCCGGGUGACGUUGGGCCAACAGGGCUGCCAGGUCCAAAAGGAGAAAGAGGAGAGAAAGGGGAACCACAGUCCUUGGCCACAAUUUACCAGCUCGUUAGCCAGGCUUGUGAGCGGAUGAUUCAGACUCAUGUGUUGAAAUUUGAUUCAUUCAUUCAUGAACACGCAAGGAAGCCAGUUCCCAUGUGGGAAGAAAGGGUAAAACCAGGAGAACCAGGACCACCAGGUCCUCCAGGUCACCCUGGGAGCAAUGGAGAAAGAGGAGAAAAUGGCAUCCCUGGACGGCCAGGCAAAGAUGGGUAUCCAGGAGAGAGAGGUGCCCCGGGGCCCAAAGGAGAAAAAGGAAUGUCUGGAGCCAGUGAGGAGGGGAGCCAAGGACCCAGAGGCAGAACAGGUCCACCAGGAGAAGUUGUGCUGGGGAAACCAGGUCCAAAGGGUUACCCUGGGAAUGCUGGUCCUCCAGGUUUUCCUGGUGCCAGAGGACAGCCCGGGCAGCCUGGACAUCCAGGGGCCUGUGAUGUCUCUGGAUGUUAUGGGGCAGGUAGAAGAGAUUUCGUCCCCUGACGGUUGGUGCGGAGGCAGAUGAAGACUUUGCUUUUCCCUGGAAAUCUCUGGUUGAAAACUCCACGCACUCCAAAAGAAGCAGCAACCUGAAUACCAAAUGUGUUGUUUAUGUUUUUUUUUAAUGCCUCAUCAUUUCUAUAUGGACGUGUCAAUCAAACACUACAGCCACCAAACCAGCCUGUGUUUGGGUGAGCCCUUCUCUGGUUCUCAGCACUGGACCCCUGCAGUGUUCAAACUUCAUGUCCCACAGCAAGACAAAGGCACAGCUGGAGAUGCAGGCUGACAGACUUGUAGGAAAAACAAACACUGUAUUUAAAUGCUCAGAAAUAACAGAUAAUUUCUGCCCGUU